AAAAUCAUACGCGUCAGUGCCAUUGCCAAUAGCCCAGCGUUCACAAUUGCGAAGCUUCCCUAAUGAGAAGAUUGUAAUAAUUAUUGUGUGUUGUACUGUUGACUAUUUCAGGAACAAAGAACAUAAAGGGUUAAUAAGGAACGUUACGGCGCCAGCGCUGCAGGACAACUUGUGGUGUGUUUGUGAACUUUCAUCCUAGUAUCCAGUUGCCUUUUUUCCGUUGCGUUUCGUACUCGCAAGUACUUUAGGGUGGAUUUAAUAAGUGUUCGCGAAUUUGAGGAAUACGUUAAUGGGAAAUACAACGGACAUCUGUAGAUGACGUAAAAUAUUAAGGGUGCUCCCAUGCGUAGGAAGGAACGGAUCGCAAUGUUGAAGGCAAGAGGUGGAUCGGGCUGAGUUCCACAUACUCAGCUCUGCAUGAGAAAGAUGUCCUAAUAUGGGCCUGCCUUGGAUGCUAGUUGGUGCAGCCGCUAUCCUUCUGGUAACAAGUUCAGCUCAAACAGACAUAUUCGGGGAAGGAAAGUCUGACAAGGAAAUCCUGGACAACUUACUGUUAGCGAAACGGUACGAUAAGAGAUUACUGCCACCAGUUUCUGAUGCUGCUUUUUGCUGUGAUCUACACACUCCGGAGGACGGGAAUUCCAAGGAUGACUAUCACCUAAACAGCAAAAAUCGCGGCACGUUAAUAGUAAAUAUAAGUGUUCUACUGCUUAGUCUAGCGUCACCCGACGAAUCUAGCCUGAAAUACGAAGUGGAAUUCUUACUACAGCAACAAUGGCAUGACCCACGCUUACGGUACGCGAAUCAAAGCCGAUACGAAUACCUCAACGCGAUCCAUCACAAUGAAGAUAUCUGGCUUCCAGAUACAUAUUUCAUCAUGCACGGCGAUUUCAAGGAUCCUCUCAUUCCGGUACAUUUCUCCCUUCGUAUUUUUCGCAACGGAACCGUCCAUUACGUUAUGCGGCGACAUCUCAUCUUAUCAUGUCAAGGUAGCCUUAACAUUUUUCCUUUCGACGAUCCUCUAUGUUCAUUUUCUAUGGAAAGUAUCUCUUACGAGCAGAACGCUAUGAAAUACGUAUGGAAAAACGACGAGGACACCUUGAGGAAAUCUCCAAGCCUCACCACACUCAACGCAUAUCUUAUAUCUAAUCAAACCAUCGAGUGUUCUACCAAGACCAGCUGGAGAGAGCACUACAGCUGUCUGCGAGUGGAGUUAACGUUCACGAGGGAUCGCGCAUUUUACUUCACGACAGUUUUUAUACCGGGAAUUAUUCUAGUAACUUCGUCUUUUAUUACGUUUUGGUUGGAAUGGAACGCUGUUCCUGCGAGGGUUAUGAUAGGUGUAACGACAAUGCUCAAUUUUUUUACGACAUCCAACGGAUUCAGAUCGACAUUGCCUGUGGUCUCCAAUCUCACUGCCAUGAACGUUUGGGAUGGAGUUUGUAUGUGCUUCAUCUACGCCUCCCUUUUGGAGUUCGUUUGCGUUAAUUACGUAGGACGCAAAAGACCUUUGCACAACGUUGUAUAUCGCCCAGGAGAAAACCCAGUGACACAGCGACUGCCCGCUGUUCUCAGCAGGAUAGGCAUAAUUCUGGCCAGUCCCUUGGGCGAUAAAAAGAGAGAAACGGCAAUUCCAAACGAAAUUGUAUCCUGUACGACCUGUGGGGCAAAUCCGUGCACUCACACGGCGAAUAAUGGAUGUGCGACAGAGUCAUGUUUAUUGCAGGUACGGAAAAAGGAACCCCCUCAUCCGAUUCGUGUGGCAAAAACUAUAGACGUGAUCGCACGGGUCACUUUUCCAACGGCGUUCGCAGUGUUUCUCAUUUUCUUUUUCUGUCAUUACAAAAGUUUCAAUGAGUCGCCUCAUUCGCAAUAAUAGUUUUGGUUAAGUAUGAACAAUGCAUAAGUGCUUUCGUAUGAAGACUAAACAAUACAUAUCAUAUUGUAAAAGGUGGUGAACUUAUGAGAAAUAAAGGGAACAAAGACAGUAUAAUGUUGUGGGUUAGUAAGUAUUAUUUAUUUAUUUAAUUUAUUACGCGUACUGUAUACGUACUAUUCUCGAUACUACAUAAAAGUUCGCAAAACGUGUAGCUUUAACGCACUGUACAUAUGUACUUAAGGGAAUUACCUACUUUGUUUAAAAUACGUGUAUAACCAUGUAGUAGGUACCGCAAAAUUUUAGAAGUACAGCAAGUGCAUUAUUACUUAUUGUGAUAUUAACAUCGCGUUAUGAUAAUAACAAAACAAGUAUGCAAAUGGAUUUAAUGAAAAAAUUUAAAUUUGUUUACGGAUGGGAGAGCUUUAUUAAAUAUUAUGACGAAGAGGAAGAUUAGUUGAACAUUCUUCAUAUACAUUUAUUAUAUACGUGUUCUUAAUAUAUGCUAUUGAUAAUCUAAACACUUUUUGUACUUUUCGGAAUGUAGUCUAUUUAAAUUGUAAAAAGUAUAUUGAUGCCGUUAUAUUGUUGUUACGAAUACAAUGUGUAACAGAAAGGUAAACAACCAAUAUUCUAAAAUUCAAUUACAACGAAGCAACGUAAAUGUAUUUCGCCAAUCAUUUUCACAAAUUACUUUGGGAUAAUUAGUGAAUUGUGUGAAAAUAGACAAACAUUCAAAUUUCAGCAAUAAAUAAUAUAAAUCACAACUUUGCAUUAAUCAGAUCACCAACUUAUUGUAUAAGUGUAACAGGACAAGUAAUACGCAAUGCAAUGAAUAAAAAUUGAAUCAACAAUUCUAAACUUCUAUCGGGUGUCUUAAUUCUAAAAGAUUUUACCUAUUCUGUUACACAUUGUAUUACAUCAUAAACCGUAAAAUUUUAAUAACAUUUUGAAUGCGUUCAGCUUGGCUAAACGUAUAGUAAUAAACAAAUUGAUACAAACAGUGGCAAUCAAUAUAUUUUACAGACUAAGAUUUGCUAAAACCCUAUCGCGGCUUUUAGUAUAUUUUUACUACAUUUACACAAUUAGGUACCUAUAUUUGCUAAUGUGAAAGGACAGCAGUGCCCGUAAUAUUAGUGCAUCAAUUUGAAAGGGUGCGAGUCAAUCAACCUAACAGUAAUUUGAGUAACUGGUUUAAAGGGCCACUCGCUACUCGCUUUUAGCAAUACGUUAAUCUGGUUUAUCAAAUGAUCCAUCCAUGUAUCUAACGAUAAUUCUAAAUGACAAUUGAGUGUUUUGCUAUUCUGUAAACGGUUUGUUUGCUGUUUAACGAUUAGAGUAGAUACAUGAGUAAUGAAAGGUGCUUUUCUGUAGAUGUAAUUAUUCUGCAUUUAACUCGUUAAAAUUGUAAAAAAGGUUAUGUUAAAAUACGGAGGUAUUCUCUGUGUGAUUGUUGCAGGAAUUUGACCCAUUAUUGUCGAACAAAGUCUAAUUAUUAAGGGUAGUUUGUAAUUAAUUGUUACUUCACGUACUAAAACAAUGUAUAUAGUAUAUAAAACCAUCAAGUCGAAAAUAUUAUGUAAAUGUAUUAUUAACUAACUAUAUAGUUUAGCCCGUAGCAUGCCAACAUGCACGAGAGAGCAGACACUGUGAUUAAACAGGCUGUAAAGCUUUGAACCAAUUAAUAACUACUAACAUUAUACUGCUAUUACGUAAU